AUGCUGCUUUGGGUUGUCCUGCUGAACGCGGCUCUUUGUGUUGCCAGCGGGAACGUGACGAGAGACGUGUGUAAAGAGCAGAUAUGCUCGUGCACGGAGGUCGAGGGAGACGUGCAUAUCGGCUGCGAAAAACGGAGCUUCACCACGCUGCAGCACCUGACGGGGCCCAGCUCGCAUUUUUACCACUUGCUGCUGCACGGCAACUCUCUGUCCAGGCUCUUCCCCAACGAGUUCGCCAACUUUUACAACGCCGUCAGCUUGCAUCUGGAGAACAACGGGUUGCACGAUAUUGUGCCGGGCGCAUUUUUGGGGCUGCAGCUGGUGAAAAGACUGCACAUUAACAAUAAUAAGAUACGCUCUUUUAGGAAGAGUACGUUUCUAGGCUUGGAUGACUUGGAGUAUCUCCAAGCUGAUUUUAAUCUAUUGAGGGACAUUGACCCGGCCGUGUUCAGGGACCUUAAUAAACUUGAAGUGUUGAUACUUAACGACAACCUCAUCAGCGCUCUGCCCGUGAACGUGUUCCAACACGUGCCCAUUACGCAUCUCGACUUGAGAGGGAACAGAAUCAAGACGUUGCCUUAUGAAGGGAUUCUGGAGCAGAUCCCGGGCAUCGUGGAGGUUCUGCUGGAAGACAACCCGUGGGACUGUAACUGUGAUUUGGUUAGUCUGAAAGAAUGGUUGGAGAAUAUUCCGCCCAACGCGCUCAUCGGGAGGGUGGUCUGCGAGGCGCCCACCAGGCUGCAAGGCGGCGACCUGAACGAGACGUCGGAGGCCGAGCUGUGUCCUUCGCUCGGAGCAGACACCAGCUUGGCCGCCCCUCCCACGCAGGAUGAAAUGUCCGGUCCCGGUCCGACGCCUCACAAGCCCAGCGCGGACGCCGGCGGGCCUCCGACACCUGGUCACGGAGCCAAGAGCCGCUCCAAGUCCCGUGAGAAUUGGCAGCUGAAGACCAAACCCACACCGGGCGCCAACAAGGAGCCGCUCCCCAACGCCACCUGCCCGCAGCCAUGCAGCUGCAAGCUGGUCGGCUCCAGACAAGGCUUGGGGGUCAACUGCGAGGGCAAGAAGAUCGAGAGCUUGUCCAACUUGAAACCCAGGCCGCUGGGAGCCCACGAGCUGAACAUGCGAGACAACAACAUCCACGCGGUGAAGAAGAACCAGCUGCUCAGCUACGCCAGCCUCAACCUGCUCGAUCUCGGCGGGAACAACAUCAAAGUCAUCGACAACGGGACGUUCCAGAACCAGACUGAGCUGAGGUGGCUGUACAUGGAUAAGAAUUACCUGGAUACGCUCACCGCGGAGAUGUUCGCCGGCCUGCUCAACCUGGAAUACCUCAGUUUGGAAUAUAACGACAUCCAGCUGAUCGUUGCGGGCGCCUUCAGCCCCAUGCCCAACCUGAGGGUUCUCUUCCUCAACAACAACUUGCUCAAAUCCUUACCCGUGGAUGCGUUCCUUGGGAUUUCUUUAUCCAAAAUUAGCCUGCAUAAUAAUUACUUCUCCUAUCUCCCCGUUGCGGGCGUGCUGGACCAGCUCAACUCUAUCAUCCAGAUCGAUUUGCACGGGAAUCCAUGGGAUUGCUCCUGCAAUAUCGUUCCCUUCAAACAGUGGACCGAGAGACUCGGCGCCGACGUCAUCGUGAGCGAUCUCAAGUGCGAGUCGCCGGAAGAGUUCUGGAAACGCGACUUCCGCCACGUGCGGAACGACCUCAUGUGUUCCAGACUCUACGAACGGAUCCCUCCGCCCACCUCCUUGUCCAAAAACAGCACUUUCACGCUCGACUCGGGCACGCGCUCGAACUCUUACGUGGAGCCCAACCGGGUGUCCAUUUCGGUGCUGGUCCCCGGCUUGCUGCUGGUCUUCGUCACCUCGGCGUUCACCGUGGUGGGCAUGCUGGUCUUCAUAUUGCGCAACCGCAAGCGCUCCAAGCGGCGCGACGGCAACUCCUCGGCUUCCGAGAUCAACUCCCUGCAAACGGUUUGCGACUCGUCGUACUGGCACAGCGGGCACUACAACGCCGACGCGGGCGCGCACCGGGGGUUUGACUGUACCACGCACCUUUCCGCGACUAACGACGCGUAA